GGGAAGUCCAAGUCCAAUUCGGCAGAAUGUAUAGUAUAUAACCAAGGGCCGCGCGCUUUGUCUUUAGUAUCGCUGGCCAGUAAGGUGGCUAGGGCGCAUGGCCUUUACGGGAGGGCUGUCACCAGCUUUGCGGGGCCUGACAUGCUGGAAGGUGCUUGCCUUGGCAUUGCUCACGGCAGCUAGAGCGCAGUCCACGUGCACCGUGCAUGAUGAUUGCGAUACCGGCUCGAUACGAUUCUGUAACACCGUUCCCUUUGGCCGCACAAACGGUGUCUGCGAAGAUUGUUGGAAAUGCUGUUUACUUCCGGACCGUUUCAACUUCCCUGCCACGGUCACGGACAAAGGCAUAGUGGUCGCUGGGGCCUGCUCUCUAAGAUGCGGAUGCAACACGGACGAUGCCUGCACCUCCAACGCGGAUUGUGCAGCAGGGCUGUUCUGCAUGCGGGGCGGGCUCAGGACCAGCUAUUGUGCGCCAUGCACCCGCUGCGCCUCCGACUCCGACUCCGUUGACCCGGGCGGCUGCGCGUCCGCCUGCCCCUCGGGCGCCGUGGACAACACCCUGGGUCCGCCGCCUGACCCGCCCACCGAGUACGAUGCAGCGCUCGUGGAGGCGGCCGUGUUCCUGGCCUUCGCGCUGGAGCCGUGGAGGAGCGGCGGGGAGCAGCAGCAGGACAGGAGCACCGUCACCGCGGACCUGCUGCGAGCCUUCCUGGCCAACCAGACGUACCUGCACAAGGCCAUCAACUCCACUGCCGUGUACGACCAGUCCUACGUAGAGGAGGCCGUGAUAUCGCUGUACGGCAAAGAGGAAGUUCCUUUGGACGAGCCGCUGGAUAUAGCGGUUGUCGCUGCGUCCUUGUUCACGAGCAGUCGCGCGCUGGUGUGUCCCAAGAUCCUGGCCAGCCAGCCAGCCUCCUCUCUGCCUGCAGUGACCGGCCCCGGCUGCCCCUGCAAUCUGACCGCCAACGCAACCUACAACCGCUGUCCAGUGGGUCACGCCUGCUCCGAGCGCGCGUACGUGGGCAUGUCCACAGACGUGCUGUUCGACCCCGUUGCGGCGCAGCUGCGGGGCGUGUGCUUGCCGUGCAAUGAGGGACUCAGCUGCGGAGAGGGAGUCGUCAUCACGCCCGCCAACGGGCUCACUCGUCGCACCCGCGAGCUGGACUGCCCCGCGGGCUCCUACUGCCCCUCCCCCGGCGAGGUCUUCACCUGCCCGCCCGGCUACUACUGCGGCUUCAGGUCGCUCAACCGCACAUCAUGCAACUACACGGAGCUGCUCUCCGAUUUCGAUGCGCUAUAUCCCCUGGACGGCGAGCAGGACCUGAUCACGCGGCUGAAGAAGAACCGCGAGCCCAUCCGGGGCAACUACUGUCCGGAAGGCUCCACCAAGCCCAGCCAGGCGUGCAGCGCCGGCUACUACUGCCCCAACGCAUCGGUGCAGCUCAUCUGCCCCAGCGGCUACUACUGCAAACAGCAGUCCAUCUACCCAGUCAAGUGCCCCAGGCUGGUUCGCUGUCCGGAGGGCACCGCAGCCCCAGACGGCCGGCCCUUGGCCGGCCUCAUCUUCGCCCUCAUCUUCAUCGCCACCUACCUGUGCUAUUGGCUGGUACAGCUGGGCUGGUUCCUAGUAGACCGCAUCAUACGUUUCCAUUUCUUCAAGGAGCAAGUAGCCAGCGGCGCCGAGUCUGCGGAAUCCUCUGUGCAUGUGGGCGGUGCCACAUCAUUCGCCACGGCCGCACGGGGACUGAAGCUGGAUCCCCUCGAGCUGCAGAACCAGCACUACUGGCAGCUUGACGAGCAUUUCAACAUACGCUUUUUCAACCUGCGCGGCCGGGUGCUCCAGGGUGCGGACCGGGGCACCAAGGGCGGCAUCAGCGGGCUGUUUGAGGCGGGCAGCUUGAGCGCCAUCAUGGGUGCCUCUGGAUGUGGCAAGACGACGCUGAUCCUGGUACUAUCGGGCCGCAUGCCGGCACCCGUGGACACGUACAAUGAGCACAUGGAGCGGGUGACACUCACACAGACGGAGUACAGGCGCAAACUGGGCUACGUACCUCAGGACGAUGUACUGCACACCGACCUCACUGUGAGAGAGAACCUGGCGUACGCUGCCCGGCUGAAGCUUCCUCGGGAUACCCCCCAAGAUGACCGGUAUGCCAUUGUGAACGACACGCUCAAGCUGCUGGAGCUGUACGACAAACAGGACAAGCUAGUGGGCACCCCCGAGCGAAAGAUCAUCUCCGGCGGCCAGCGCAAGCGUGUCAGCAUCGGUGUGGAGAUCGUGGGCAAGCCGCCCAUGCUGUUCAUGGACGAGCCCACCUCUGGCCUCGACGCCGCCCGCUCCUCCGACCUCUGCAACAAGCUCUCCACGCUCGCCGAGUCCUCCCUCAUGAACAUCAUCGCAGUCAUCCACCAGCCGCGCUACUCCACCUUCAUGAAGUUCAACAAGGUGCUGCUGCUGGCGACGGAGAAGAACCGCUUCAUGGGGCGGCCGGUGUACCAGGGGCCGCCGGGUCGCUGCGUGGAGUACUUUUGCAACCUGGGUUUUGACUUCCCAGUCGAGGAGAACCACGCGGACACAUUCCUAGACAUCAUGAGCGACCCGUUCCGCACCUCGGACAAGGGCAUCUGCGUCAGCGAGCUGCCCGACAUUUGGAAGACGCACGGAGAGGCCUGGCUGACCCGGUCGGAGGACCCCCUGGAGCGGCUGCUGGUGAUUGUCAAGAAAAUUUUGGGGAGGAUUCAAGCCGAUAGGCGCAAGGAACAGCUGGCGGGGCGGUCCCUCAAGCAGUCAUCCAGCAAGCGCCUCUUCGCGCCCGGCUUUACACUCUCCCGCAAGUUCGGUGACGGGCUGGCCUUCCUCGCAGUCGGCGGCGGCGGCCACGGCCGGGCAGGCAACACCGCGCUGCCGCCUACCUCCCCCACCGCAGGCGGCAAGGCGCCCCUCUUGCUGUUCAGCAGCCCCAAACGCCCCAUGACAGCGCUGCCUGCAAUUGCAACAGAAGGCGGAUCCGGUGUAGGGCCGGGCUUCGGAGCCGGAGCAGGCAGCCCGACGCGGAAAGCGGGGCUGCUAUCGCCCUUGUCGCCUGGACGCUUCCAGCUGAGUCAUGUGGGUGCGGCAGCACGUGGAUCGGUCGUCAGCGGCGCAUCAGGUCUGGGUGGGGGUGGAGCGGGCGGCGCUGUCCCGAGCACGACUAUCGUGGUGGGAGGUGCACCCAAACGUGUGAGCAUCGGGGGCGUUGUGGAGGCGUUGCCGUCACCCUCAUCUCCGCACCAGCAGCAGCACAGGAGCCACCCGCCGGGCGUGGGCGUGGCCGUGGCAGCCGCAGCGGCGGCGGGAGGGUCAGGAGGAGGAGGAGGAGGGGACGAGGUGUUGCAUGGGGUGGCUUCGAUUGGCCUUGGAGGCGUGCAGGAGGAGGAGUCUGAUGAUUCGGAGGAUCUCGACUCGGCUCCUGAGCCUGGGAGCGAGGGCCGCAGGCAGUGGCUUAAAAAGCGCCUGGCCAAAAUCUUUCCGAAGCACUUGGAAGACCAGCGCACCUACGAUCUCCAACGAAAGGUCCUCAUGGAGAACCUGCCCCUCUCGGAAGAGCACAUCGAGCUGCAGGAGUCGGGCUCCCACACGGAUGACUCCGAGACGCUGCUGCAAAAGGAGGAAGAUGGCAAUGUCUACCUCCUGAAGUAUCCCGAGAUCGGCGACGGGCGCAGCAAACGCAUCUCCACCUUGGAGAUGAAGACCAGCAAGCGAUACUUCACGUUCUGGGAGUAUCUCGUGUUCGUCCGGGACACGAUCCGCGAGGAGCUCUGGCAGCUCUUCUGGCUCAUUCAGCGCAACCUGCAAAAGUCCAUUCGCGCCUUCUGGCCGGGCACCGUGCUGGACGUGCUGCUGCUGCUGGGUGCGGCGUUCAUCGUGGGGGCGGUGCAGGGUUCCAAGUGGGGCCUCACCGCCGUGCCCUCCAACGUGGCCAUGAUCUAUCUGGUGCUGUCGGUGCUGGCAACCGUCACGCACCUGCGCACGUUCACGUCCUUCAAGAACGUUCAGAUGCGUGAACGCACUGCGGGUAUAUCCGUCAUCUCCACCUUCCUCGCCUCCAACCUCACCGACCUCAUCUGGAUUUUCGUGUCUCCCGCCAUCUACUUUGCGGUCUACUAUUAUGUGGCCCUGCCGCGCGCCCCAUUUGCCGAGUACUACAACCUAGGCAAUCUGGUGUGCUGGUGGAGUGCAGGACUGUCGUACUUGAUUUCCGUGUCCGACAUCCCGGCGCAGGCCCAGCCCAUUACUGCGGUCAUCACAACGUUGAUUCUGGGCGCCUUCCUCAACGGCAUCGCUCCCACCAUCCGUUCCGGCCGAGGCAACUUGCUGGAAGUUGUUCUAGGUGUCAGUUACAACCGUUGGGCCAUGGAGGCUGGAACGAUCAAGGAGCUUAUGAACUAUAACGAGUACAAGAGCAACGAGAUUGUCAUGAUCUACUACAACUUUGGUAUCUGCAACAUGGACAAGACCCUGUAUGAUGACGGCAACGACGAGGUGCUCAGCACCGCCGAGGUGGUGUCCUUUGUCAACCUGCAGCAGACCUUCAACGCCAGCAGCUGCGACAAGUACUUUGCACACGCCAACGUCAUCCUCUUCUGCAUGGGCCUGGGGCUGCGGUUGCUGGCCUUUGCGCAGAUCCUGUACCAGACGCACGAGCGCUACCUGCACGUGCAGCUUGAGCGCAUCUGGGAGGCUGUGGACGGCAGGCUGCACCUCAGCGUGCCCUUCAAGUGGUGUUGGACGUGGCGUAAGAGGGUGUUCAGUAGGGUCAAGGAACACUACUCACUGGACGCCGCAAAGCGUGAGGCGCGCAAGGAGGCCAGGGCAGCUAGGAGGGCUGCUGGCGAGGGUAGCCGCCGCAACAGCACACAGGUCAUUCCCGAAGAAGCCGCCACCGCUGCCCUGUCCCUGCAGCCCCGGUCCCACACCCCCCUUUCCGCAGCCACCGCCACCCUCGCGCCCGCAGCCUUCGGCAGGGACAGCGACGUCAUGCUCACCUUCCGACAGUCCAGCACCGGCGGUGCAGGCGGCGCUGGCGGCGGCGGUGUCGGCGCCCGCCGAAGCAGCGGCGGCGGCGGCCCCGGCCCUGGCCUCCACGUCACCGUCGCCCCCCGCCAGCUCAGCCUCCACAGCGCCACCGGCGGCGGUGCUGCGGCUUCCGCCAGCAGCGGCGGCUACAGCCCGGCCACUCCCGCAGGAGCUGGUGCGCUGCUGGGGACUUGGGGAGUUGCAGGCGGUGGCGGUGGCACCGCGCCUCCCUCCGCGGGCCCCUCCCCCCGGCUGUCCAGCAGUCCCCACGGCGGCGGCUUCACGGCUCAGCCCCUCUCUCGCAAGUCCAGCAGCCCGGGCAGCGUGUACGGCACUCCGGAGCGCAUGUCCAGCGGCCUCUUCGGCAACCCCCACAGCGGGCCGGCAGGCGGUCAGCCGCCCUCCGCCAGCCUGCUGCACCUUACCGGCGGAGGAGCAGCAGCUGGAGCAGGGGGAGGUGGCUUCGUGGUAGCGCCCAGGCAGUCCAGUACGGGGGGUUCCCUGGCACCCAGGAUGUCGAGUGCGGAGAUGCUGCUGCCCAUGCCCCUGGGGCUGCCCAGCCUGGCCGCCUCGCAGCAGCAGCAGCAGCAGCUGGAGCUGCAGCAGCAGCAGUUGUACCGGCAGGGACAGGGGCAGGGGCGCUACCGGCGGUCAUCUGGGGGCGGCGUGGGCGGAGCAGCGGCAGCAGGAGG